AUGCUAAGAGGGACUUCGGCAGAUGCAAAUUCGCGCAUUCCAUCGACAGGAGCUCCUCAGCUUUCGCAAGGAAAUGUUUCGCAGACAAGAAGAUCGGCUGUCGCGGAGGCUGAAGCGCGAUAUACAGGGAGAACUGCCCAGAUUGAGAUGCUGCGUGAAAGAAUUCGUCGUUAUCUGGAACAAGCGGCUUCUCUAAGAGCCGAACAUCGACGUGGCGAUGCUCUGAUACAUAACGUGCAAGAGAACGAAGAGGUUGAGCAAGAAGACGCUGUGCCUGGCAUUAUUUCUCAGAUGCUGCAGAAUCGUCAAUCCGAAAUUGUUCUGCAGAAUGUUAUCCAAGAAGUCUUAUCGGAAGUGGAGAGCAAAGUUAGGCAAGAGUUUGAAAACCAGUUUCGGACGUCGCGUAACUCCAACGAACAGAAGCUGGAGACGCUUACCACUCGUUUUGAGGAUGUGCUACGUCAAAAAGAAUACGCUCACGAUCAAGAAGUACUGGAAUUACGCGGAUCUAUAGAAUAUCUGCAGGAAACACUAACGGCUACUCGCGAAGAGAGCGAACGACUUAGGCAGCAACUUGAUGAAGCUAAUUUCAAAAUACUGGAAAGAAGUGAAGAUGUGGGCAAUGUCCAAGCCGAGAUAACGGAUCUUCGGCAAGAAGUGCAAGCCCUACGAGCUUAUAGGGAUAAACAUAGAGUACGACUUCACGCUUUCGCUCACAUGCGAAGUGUAUAUGUUUUUGGGGAUUAUAAAGCAUUUAUUUUAGCUUGA